UUUGUAUCAUCCCUAGCGACGUUUCCAUCGGUAUCGAUCGAUCGGUCGGUCAUCGCAAAAUUCUACAGCGAAGGCAAUGACAGUUGGCUGAGAGCUUUCGCGACCAGAGACACGUUAUGAUAUAAGGUUGCUGACAGCCGAGGAUCAAUCGUCCGACACGUGCACGCAUGAGGAUGACCUCCUACGUGGCCUUCCAGCAAUACGACCUCCUGGACUCCGAGGGCUACGGAUCGGCGAGCAGCCCGGAAUCGAACCCGCGUGGCAAUUGGCAUCACCAGGAGAUCUACCCGCAGCCGCCGCGGUCCAGGGGCAGCAGCUGCGGCAGCGUCAGCUCCGUGGACAGUCAUCAUCAGCAGGAAUACCAGGAGAUCGGUGGCUGCGGCCCCAAUGGCAGCCUCCACGUGACCGCCGGUUUCAACUUCGGCGAUUUCUACGAGGGCUACUAUCAGGAGGGUGGUUGUCGGAACGAGCAUCAGCCGGCGUUGAAUGGUGACGGCGCCAGAAACGUCACGGAUCUUCACGCCAAGUUGAUCUUCAGAAUGAACGAGCAGUGUGCGACUUACGAUGACGCUGCGUCUAGAAUGGCCUUCAACGAGGGUGCCUCGUUGAAGCAGGAUCCAACAGGAUACGUCCAGAAGAUGGACCAUCAUCCGACCGGGGCAUACGCGAACUCGAGGACCGACUUCGGUCAAAGUCAAUCUGUCUUUCCUACGAAGGGCUAUACGAAGAACGGUGCUUAUCAUCCACGGAACGAGAAUCAUCGUUACACUCAGAGAAGUCACCCUUACGCCGCUUACACUGUGCCGAGGAACGAGGCUGGUCUGCCAAGCGGCCAGCCGAACAAAUGCGAUCAGUCGAGGUACCAUCCGAGAAACGAUGCUCUUCACGUCGUCUUGCCAGCGGAAUACGCCAGCCAGAAGUCCAAGGAGGCGGUGGUGCAGAAGAUGAAGAACAGCGCGCCUGGCGUCGAGGUGCUGAGAAAGAGAAGACUAGCGGCGAACGCCAGAGAGAGAAGAAGGAUGAACAGCCUAAACGACGCUUUCGAUAGGCUGCGCGACGUCGUGCCCAGUCUGGGCAAUGACAGAAAACUCAGCAAAUUCGAAACGCUGCAAAUGGCGCAGACUUACAUCGCCGCGCUCUACGAGCUUCUGCAGCGCAAAUGAACACACUCGAAUC